GGCCCGGCCCCGCCCGGCCCCUCAUGUCGGCGCAGGCGGGGAAGCGCCGCGGCACCGGCGCCGCCGCUUCCCACCCCUUUCCUGCCUCUUCCCCCACCCGCCGGCUGCGCUCGGGCCUGUGAUCGCCACGCCAAGGCCGCCGCGCGGGAGCCUGCAUCGACUGGGAUCAGCCGCUGGAAGCUCCGGGUAGGUGGGAUGAGCCCAGGCCUCCGUGCCAUCCCAGCGUGCUGAACAGCGAGGAGUUAACACUGCGCUGACUCGGAGUGUAAACAAAUCACAUUGAAUCAUGGCAGCAGACUCUAUGGAAAUUGAUGAUGCUUUGUAUAGUCGCCAGAGGUAUGUUCUUGGAGACACAGCAAUGCAGAAGAUGGCUCAGUCCCAUGUGUUCCUGAGUGGUAUAGGUGGCCUUGGGGUGGAGAUUGCCAAAAACAUCAUUCUGGCUGGGGUAAAGGCUCUUACAGUUCAUGACACCAAACACUGCACAAAAUGGGAUUUGGGGAUCAACUUCUUCAUCCAUGAAGAGGAUGUUACCAGUCAAAGGAACAGGGCUGAGGCCACACUUCCUCGUAUUGCAGAACUCAAUCCAUAUGUCCAUGUAGCAGCAUCAACUGUGCCACUGGAUGAAACCACAGAUCUGUCUUUCCUAAAGCACUACCAGUGUGUCAUAUUGACUGAAGUAAGUCUAUUGCUGCAGAAGAAGAUUAAUGACUUCUGUCAUGCUCAGCAGCCACCUAUUAAGUUCAUCAGUGCAGAUGUGUAUGGAAUAUGUUCACGUUUGUUUUGUGACUUUGGUGAUGAAUUUGAAGUGCUGGAUACAACAGGAGAGGAACCAAAGGAGAUCUUCAUUUCAAAUAUAACACAAUCAAAUCCUGGUAUUGUCACUUGCCUUGAAAGUCAUCCACACAGGCUUGAAACAGGACAGUUCUUAACCUUUCGGGAAGUUAAUGGGAUGUCGUGCUUGAAUGGAUCCACACACCAAAUAACAGUGGUGUCUCCUUACUCCUUCAGCAUUGGUGAUACAUCAAAGAUGGAGCCUUACCUGCAUGGAGGCAUAGCUGUGCAAGUGAAGACAUCCAAGAUGUGUUACUUUGAACGGCUGGAGAAGCAGAUAACAAAUCCAUUAUGCCUUGUUGCAGAUUUUAGCAAGCCUGAGGCACCUUUGCAGAUCCAUGUUGCCAUGCUUGCCUUGAACCACUUCCAGGAGAACUUUGGUCGUGGACCAAACAUUGGAUGCCUUCAAGAUGCUGAGGAAAUGCUGAAAAUAGCCAUGUCUAUAAGUGAAACACUGGAAAACAAACCUCAGGUGAAUGGAGAUGUGGUGAAAUGGUUGUCUAGAACUGCUCAGGGAUUUCUACCUCCUUUGGCCGCAGCAGUGGGUGGUGUUGCUAGCCAGGAAGUCCUGAAAGCAGUAACAGGAAAAUUUUCUCCCUUGCAGCAGUGGCUAUAUAUAGAUGUUUUAGACAUUGUAACACCUCUAGAGAAGGUGGGCUCUGAGGAGUUUCUCCCACGGGGAGAUAGAUAUGAUGCCUUGAGGGCUUGUAUUGGAGACUCUCUGUGCCAGAAGCUCCAUAAUUUGAAUGUUUUCUUGGUUGGCUGUGGAGCCAUAGGAUGUGAAAUGCUGAAAAACUUUGCACUUCUUGGAGUUGGUACUGGGCAAGACAAAGGAUUGGUUACAAUUACAGAUCCAGAUUUGAUAGAGAAAUCCAACUUGAACAGGCAGUUUCUUUUUCGACCUCAUCACAUCCAGAAACCUAAGAGCUACACUGCAGCAGAAGCAACUCUGAACAUCAAUCCUCACAUAAAGAUUGAGUCAGAUAUUAAUAAAGUUUGUCCAGCCACUGAGAACACUUACACUGAUGAAUUCUACACCAAGCAAGAUGUGAUUGUGACUGCUUUGGACAACGUUGAAGCCAGGAGAUACAUUGAUAGUCGUUGUGUAGCAAACCUGCGUCCUCUUAUAGACUCUGGAACUAUGGGAACAAAAGGACACACGGAAGUUAUUGUGCCCCAUCUGACAGAGUCCUACAAUAGUCAUCGGGAUCCACCAGAGGAAGAAAUACCUUUUUGCACCUUGAAGUCUUUUCCAGCUGCUAUUGAGCAUACGAUACAGUGGGCAAGAGAUAAGUUUGAAAGUUCAUUUUCUCACAAGCCUUCAUUGUUUAACAAGUUCUGGCAAACCUAUCCAUCGGCAGAAGAAGUUUUACAGAGAAUAAAAUCAGGAGAGAGCUUGGAAGGCUGUUUUCAUGUUAUUAAAACUCUCAGUAGAAGACCUCGAAGUUGGACUCAAUGUGUAGAACUAGCACGAGUAAAAUUUGAAAAGUAUUUUAGCCAUAAGGCUCUUCAGCUCCUUCAUUCAUUUCCCCUUGAUACACGAUUAAAAGAUGGAAGUUUGUUUUGGCAAUCACCAAAGAGGCCUCCUUUUCCAGUGAAGUUUGAAUUUAAUGAUCCUUUGCACUAUGGUUUCAUCAUGAGCACAGCGAAGCUCUUUGCCACAGUGUACUGUGUUCCUUUCACAGAAAAGGACUUGUCAGAGGAAACCAUUUUGGGGAUUAUUUCAUCUGUGAAGGUACCAGAGUUUAGACCUUCAAACAAAGUUGUACAGACUGAUGAAACUGCAAGAAAACCAGAUCAUAUUCCUGUCAGCAGUGAGGAUGAAAGAAAUGCUAUUUUCCAGCUGGAGAAGUCUAUACUAUCCAAUGAAGCUCUGGCAACUGACUUGCAAAUGAAGCCCAUCUCCUUUGAGAAAGAUGAUGAUAGUAAUGGGCACAUAGAUUUUGUAACAGCAGCGUCAAACCUGCGAGCCAAGAUGUACAACAUCGAACCAGCAGAUCGGUUCAAAACAAAGCGCAUUGCUGGAAAGAUUAUUCCUGCCAUUGCAACAGCUACUGCUGCAGUAUCAGGGCUGGUUGCACUGGAACUCAUCAAAGUUGUGGGUGGCUACCCAGCUGAUGCAUACAAGAACUGUUUUCUGAACCUAGCCAUUCCCAUAAUGGUCUUUACAGAAACUGCUGAAGUAAGAAGAACAGAAAUCAGAAAUGGGAUAUCAUUUACCAUCUGGGACAGGUGGACAAUUUAUGGAAAAGAGGAUUUUACUCUGUUGGACUUCAUAAAUGCUGUCAGAGAGAAAUAUGGAAUUGAACCAACUAUGGUUGUACAAGGAGUCAAAAUGCUCUAUGUUCCUGUGAUGCCAGGCCAUAUCAAAAGAUUAAAGUUGACGAUGCAAAAGCUUGUGAAACCAUCAGCUGAUAAGAAGUAUGUGGAUUUGACAGUAUCAUUUGCUCCAGAGACUGAUGGAGAGGAAGACUUGCCUGGGCCACCAGUGAGAUACUACUUUGUUCAGGAAGACAAUUGAUGGUAGAGACACAAAAGUCACUCAUGGACCAUUUGUUCUGAAAGGAGUGUGCUAAUUUUCAGCUAUUAAAGAUGGUACUAUAUAUUUCUUUUUGGUGAAGCCUUAAUUAAAUUGUGAAAAUCAGUGGCUUUGCACUGAAGACAAACUGGAUUUCUUUCUUCUGCUCCUGUAUUCUUCAAGCCUGUUUGCUCAAAGGAGGAUUGGUCACUCCAUGAGAUGGAAUGUCCAGUACAAUCCUUACCUUAAAAGCAAGAUUUGCAUUGAGGAAAACAAGAAGAAUGGGGAACCUAAGAAAUGGUCCCCAUGUGCAAAUUAGGUAAUUUGCAUUUUCUUAGGGAAGAGUGCAAAAAAUAGGAAAAGCACCAUUUUAUGAUACUCCUGGUGUUCUGAGAACAUCUCAAAUUCAUUUCAUAUGUUACUCCAUUCUCAAACAAGAAUUUCAUUCUUGCCAUCUACACAUGAGAUUAGAUCCAUCUGAACGGCUUAAACUCCUACUCAAAAGCAGAGGAACUGCUUUUUUGUAUGGCUGCUUAGUGGUGCUGUAGUCAGCACAGCUAUCUUGUGUCAGUCUCAGCAUGGAAAUAUAGGGAGGGGGUGUGAAUUGUCAAAACUUCCCUGAAGUCCAGAGAGCUGGAAUUGUUGAUUAUCUGCACUAAGACUGGUCUUUGUGGAAUACUGCAGUAUGGGGAAAGUGAAAACCUAUCGGAGAGCCAAAUUAGCACUUUCAAUAAUAAAACUUGGUCUUCAACAAAGAGAAAAUGUGGUUGAGCCUUUCUGCCCUCAUCAAAUUAAAAUCACUGUAGCACUUGACGACGUUUAAGGCAGAAAAAGGCAAAUGGAUGUUUGUCAAAGCAAACUUACCUCAGCUGUUCCUUUUGGUACUAUUUCCCUAUAGCAAAUUGUUGUGCUGUAUACCUGUCCUCAGAACAAGUCUGAGCUGCACUGAACUGUGAGGUCUUUACCCUCACUGGUCAGUUAUUGGGAUAUGUAAUUAUAAAAUUUCUGCUUAAUUUGAAAUCAUUAUGGACUAGUUUUGCUUCUGUGGUGAGGCAGAGGUGUGUUACAAAAACAUCAUCAUUUAACUCAUUUAAGCACUGCGUACUUGAGGUUGUAGUUCCUUUUUUCUCCCCAUCACAGUAGAGCAAGGCAAAAUUAAAAUAAAAACUUACAAACUGAAAUACCCUCUCAUAUGUUUCAGCCUUAGAGAUUGUUAUUUAACAUUAUAUCCUGCAGCUGUUGCAAAAGCUAUUAACAACUUAGCUGUUUAUCCUCAAUCAUAGUUUAUUAAGCUUUAGGGAUGUCUUCACAUUUAAUGUAAUGAUGUCACUAAUUAGUGCUAAGGAUCACAUAAAGGUUUAGGUCAACAAGAAAAACUGUCACCUCUCACAGCUGGAGGCUGGGAAACAAAUGAAACUUUGAGUAAGUAUAUUCUCUUAUGUUAGUGUGGUGUUAAUGUCAUGCUUAUGCUUUUGAAAUAAGCAGCAUUUAAAAACAGUAAAGUCUUAGUACUAUUCUAGAAUGCCAUAUAACUGUCCUCAGGGUUUAAAGUAAACUGUCAGAUAUAAUUCAUGCAAUGGCUUUUACUAAUCACAACAUGUACACCGAGAGCCUUGUAAAAAGUCCAGGUCAAGGCUGGCAAGGAUCACAGCUGGAAAUUGCAGAUAUGGCUGUAUCUUUAUGCUGCUCUUAUUGUGUGUGUCUCAUGGAUGGAUGGAUGCUCUGUGGAUAGGUUCUGCUUAGCUAAAAAGUUGAUAAUGGAAAAAGUAAAAAUGCACAAUGGCUCUAGAUAUUUAUUAGCACACCUUUAAAAUUUUUGGAUGUAAAUUAAUGUAGGUAAAAUCUCAGAACUAGUAAUUUCAAGAGGACUUUCUGUAGAAGAACUCGGCAUGUCAAGUGGCUCAUUAAAACUGUUCUUCGUGCUUUAAACCUUUUUGAAUUGCUGAUAUGGAGAGUGAAGGUGUUUAUAUGGAAGAUUGUGGAGUAUACUGAUUCAGUGUGAAUUUGUGUUUGAUAGAGCCUGUUUCUCAAUCUGCUCCUGCUUUUUAUCAAAAGUCUCUGCAGGUGCUCAGCAUAAUCACACUAAAAAGGCUCUGGGCAAGUGAAUUUUGGGGUGCUGAUCUUCCAAAUCUUCAAUGCUGUCACAGUGUUACCAAGCUAGAGGCUUGUAGUAUUACCUGGAACCUGAGAACUGCUUUAUUUAUUUUCCGUUUCUUUUUUUUUUUUUUUUGUUCAUGGCAGUGAAAACUUGUAUUAGUCUAGGACUGAUGCACAAUUCCAGUGGAGCAGCUGAAGCUUGCUGUCUUCCUGCAACAAUGAAGAACUGUCUUUCCACAGAGCACGUCAAAGAGCUUUCUUUCAAAAUGUUAUUCUUUGAGAGAGCAGUUGAUUUGCAGGAAUUAAAUUUUAUAUCAGUAAUGCAGAUCCUUCUCACUCGAAUGCUUUCUUGAAGUUUGCUCAUAUGUACACCAACUUUCUCUGACUUUCUAUCACCGUUAAUAGAUAAAGUUAAUUAAUUUGUGCGUGCCUGGUAUUAAGCAGCCAGAUCAACUUUUUUCUGAUUAGUCAUCAUGUUUCUUUAAUGUUAGGAGUAGUGAGGAUUCUGUGUGAGGGUCUCAAUACUGUUACCAAAACUGCUUUGCUGGAUCAGAUGGAUUUAAGCUUUUAUUAGCUACACCACAAGUAAAAAGUACAUGUUUCCGUA